CCUGCACCAGUGGAGCCCCCGGACUGUUUCAGAUGCCAUAUGCCCAGCAGGAGGUUUAUCAAUCGCAUGUCAAAUCGCAACGGAAAUGCAGGGCGUCCGUUCCAUAAGUGCAUAGUUUACAAAAAGUUCCUUGGCUUUGCAGAUGAUAGAGGCAACAACCCUAAUAACCCACCAUGUGGCUGUGGUGUCUCCAGCAAAGCCCAAGUGGCAGGUCGAGAAAGUGGCAAUCCUGGUGGUUUGCAUUAUGUGUGCAAAUUGGGCAUAUGCGACUUUUACGCUGUAGACCUGGGUGAAGAUCAGCGACAAGUUACACUGGACGACGAGAUGGGGAAUCUUCUAGCUAGACUUCGUCUUGUUUGA